CGGGUGCACUGCCGUUUGAAGCCGGGGUGUUCACUCGAGGAGCGGAGACCCUCCUCAAGACCCACGAGACCAGCGACGAGGAGGACAGGCGCCGCAAUGGCGACCGCCAGCGCAGGGCUCCGGCCCGCGCUCCGGCUCGGACUAUUGCUGCUGCUCUUCUGCUGCCACGCGCACGCCCAAGAGCAAGCUAGUGAUGCCCUGGUCCGCGAGACGCGGGCUGCAGGCCCAUUCCGCGGACUCUACGAGUUUCUUCAGCAACGCGACUCCACCGUCUUCUGCAAGUACCUGCGCAGAGCGCAAGUUGAGGAUGUCCUCGCGUCGCUACCGUCGCUCACCAUCAUCGCACCCAACGACCUGGCGUUCGCGGCGCUACCACCCAGCGUCAUCAAGAUGCUGGAGACGGACAGCCGGUUCCUUAGGAAGUUCGUGCUGCACCACAUUGUGGGCGACUCGGUCCCGAGCCGCAGUCUACGCGGCGACCUCGAGAUCACCACGGCGGGCGGCGACAACAUCCUCGUGAAGGUCUACGACAAUGGAAGGACGAUUUCCAUUGGAGGCGCCAACAUCCUGGUGGGCGACGCCUCGUACGAGAACGUCAUUGUCCACAUCGUUGACCGCGUGCUGUAUCCGAUUGCCGAGAGCAUGCUCGCGCAGACCAUUCAGGCCAAGUUUGGAUACUUCUACCGCCUGCUCCAGAACAGUGGCCUCACCAGCGUCUUGAACAGUGACCUGUACACUGUCUUCAUUCCAACUCAAGACGCUAUCAACAACCUACCAGCGGAAACUUCGCAGAAGAUUCUGUCAAACAAUGAGCUUCUGAAGCGCGUCGUUUCCCAUCAUAUCGUUCCCGGCCUUCAGUUCAGCGCUGUUCUUAAAACCGGUGCUACACUUACACCACUUGACGGCGAAGUUCUCCGUGUCACUACUCAAGCUGGACAACUCUUCAUCGACGGCGUCCCGUUUGUCAGCAAGGAUGACGGUGCCACCAAUGGCGUCAUUCACAUUGUCAACCGGCUGCUGGUGCCACAGAGCGUAAUCGAGGACUGUGGUUGCAUCGCAUCGCAUGGCGGAGGAGAUGCCUUUCUCACUGGCGGGAAGAUCGGCUUCCAAGGACCUACCAUCGUCGGCCAGCAGCUUCCGGGUCUCGUCCAGCACGUCGUGGUGCCCGGCACAGUGACGCAGACUACGCACAUCGUGUCUCCACCCAAGACGGUUGUCUUAGGACCUGGGACUCUUCAAGCUCUCCUGCCUGGCCAGGCUCCACAGAUAACAGUCCAGUUUGGAACAUCAGGAGCUCCAAAAAGACCUGGUGUUACAUCAUUCCAAGUUGGCCCAAAAGGAUCUGGUGGACCUUCUGGCCCUAGUGGACUGUCUGGACCUUAUGGUCCCAGUGGGCCAUCUAGACUAGGAGCACCAAGAGGACCUGGAGGACCUAGUGGACCUAGUGGACCCCUGGGCCCAAGUGGCCCAGGAGGACCUAAAGGACCAAGUGGGCCAUUUGGUCCUAGUGGACCUAGUGCACCAAGAGGACCAAGUGGACCAUUUGGGCCCAGUGGCACUGGUGGAUCUAAAGGACCAAGUGGACCAUCCGGGCCUAGUGGACCAAAAGGCCCUACUGCUACAUUCACUUUUGGGUCCAGACUACCUGCAGGACCAGCUGGACCUACCAGACCAAGUGCACCAGGAGGUCUAGGUGGACCAAGUGGGCCAAGUAAGCCAGGGGGACCAGCUGCACCAGAUGGUUUUCUUUUUGGUGGUCCAACUAUACCAGGGCUUCCCAAGGUACCAGGCCUCCCAUCACCAAGUGGACCAAAGGGGCCUUCAGGACUAUCAGGGCCUAGGGCUCCAAGUGGAUCAAGGCCCUCAACAAGGAAACCACCUAGCUACCUGCCACCUCCAGGAGCUGUCCCAGCUGCACCUAGCAUUCUGAAUGUGCCUCGAGGUCCAACACUUCCUGGUGCUACGGGCGUUACUGGUGCACCAAGGUUGCCUUUUGGCACAGGUGCUCCCAGUGCUCCACGUCUUCCAGGUGCAUUCAAGGGUCCAACAUCCGGCUUCCCGCGUCUUCCAAGUGGCCCUGCUGGUGCUGGAAAGUUGACUGUUAUAAGUGGACUACCUCUUCCAAAGGCUCCAGGAGUAACAUCUUUGACAAUCUUCCCUGGAGCGCCUGCAGUCACGACAUUUACCACUGGAGUGACAGGAUUCAUGCUCGGUGGGCCAGUUGGACAGACCACACCCGGAGGAUUUUCAUUUGCAUUCCCUGGACUGCCAAAAGCUCCAGGACUGCCAAAAGGACCAAAAGGACCAAGUGGACCAGGAGGCCCAAGCGGACCAGCAGGCCCAAGCGGACCAAGAGGCCCAAGCAGUCCAAGGGGAUCAAGUGGACCGGGAGGACCAAGUGGACCCGGUGGACCAAGUGGGCCAGGUGGACCAAGGGGACCUAGUGGUCCAUUCCCAAGUGGGCCAUCUGGACCAGGAGGACCUAGGGGACCUGGAGGACCAUUUGGGCCUAGUGGACCAGGUGGUCCAAGAGGACCAUCUGGACCAAGAGGACCAGGUGGGCCAUCUGGAUUAGGAGGACCUAAAGGGCCUGGAGGACCAUUUGGGCCUAGUGGACCAAAAGGACCAAGUGGGCCAUUCCCAAGUGGGCCAUCCGGACUAGGAGGACCUACUGGACCUGGUGGACCAUCCGGACCUAGUGGGCCAAGAGGACCAGCUGGGCCAUCCGGACCAAGACGACCAAGUGGUCCAUACCCUACUGGACCUGCAGGACCAAGUGGCCCAUUCCCAAGUGGGCCAUCUGGACUAGGAGGGCCUAAAGGACCUAGCGGGCCAUCUGGGCCUAGUGGACCAGCAGGGCCAUUUGGGCCAAGUGGACCAAAAGGACCAAGUGCUUCAUAUCCUACUGGAUCUACAGGACCAAGUGGCCCAUUCUUGAGUGGGCCAUCAGGACCAAGAGGACCUAGUGGACCUGGAGGGCCAUUCGGGCCUAGUGGGCCAUUCGGGCCAAGUGGGCCAGGAGGACCAGGUGGGCCAUCUGGACUAGGAGGACCUAAAGGGCCUGGAGGGCCAUUCGGGCCAAGCGGACCAAGAGGACCAGUUGGGCCAUCUGGACUAGGAGGCCCUAAAGGACCAGCUGGGCCAUCUGGACCAAGAGGACCAAGUGGUCCAUACCCUACUGGACCUGCAGGACCAAGUGGCCCAUUCCCAAGUGGGCCGUCUGGACUAGGAGGACCUAAAGGACCUAGUGGACCAUCUGGGCCUAGUGGACCAAGAGGACCAGCUGGGCCAUUUGGGCCUAGUGGACCAAAAGGACCGAGUGCAUCAUAUCCUACUGGAUCUGCAGGACCAAGUGGCCCAUUCUUGAGUGGGCCAUCAGGACCAAGAGGACCUAGUGGACCUGGAGGGCCAUUCGGGCCUAGUGGACCAAGUGGGCCAAGAGGACCAGGUGGGAUAUCUGGACUAGGAGGACCUAAAGGUCCUGGAGGGCCAUUCGGACCUAGUGGACCAAGAAGACCAAGUGGUCCAUUCCCGACUGGGCCAUCUGGGCUAGGUGGACCUAAAGGACCUGGAGGACCAACUGGGCCAACAGGACCAAGUGGGCCGAGGGGUCCAAGUGGUUCAUACCUUACUGGACCUGCAGGACCAAGUGGCCCAUUCCCAAGUGGGCCAUCAGGACCAGGAGGACCUAGUGGACCAAGAGGACCUGCUGGGCCAUCUGGACCAAGAGGACCAUCUGGACUAGGAGGACCUAGAGGGCCUGGAGGGCCAUCCGGACCAAGUGGGCCGAGAGGACCAAGUGGUCCAUAUCCUACUGGACCUGCAGGACCCAGUGGCCCAUUCCCAAGUGGACCAAGAGGACCAGCUGGACCAAGUGGACCAAGAGGGCCAGCUGGGCCAUCUGGACCAAGUGGACCAACAGGACCAAGAGGUCCAUUCCCAACUGGGCCAUCUGGAAUAGGAGGACCUAAAGGACCUGGAGGGCCAUUCGGACCUAGUGGACCAAGAGGAGCAACUGGGCCAACAGGACCAAGUGGGCCAAGAGGUCCAAGUGGUUCAUACCUUACUGGACCUGCAGGACCAAGUGGCCCAUUCCCAAGUGGGCCAUCUGGACCGGGAGGGCUAUUCGGACCUGGUGGACCAAGAGGACCAGGUGGACCAUCUGGCCCAAGUGGACCAAGAGGACCGGCUGGACCAUCGGGACCAGGAGGACCUAGAGGGCCUGGAGGGCCAAGAGGACCAUCUGGGCCAAGAGGACCUAGUGGUCCAUACCCUACUGGACCUGCAGGACCAAGUGGACCAUUCCCGAGUGGUCCAUCUGGACCAGGAGGACCUAGUGGACCUGGAGGACUAUUCGGACCUAGUGGACCAAGUGGCCCAAGAGGACCAGCUGGGCCAUCUGGACCAAGUGGGCCAUCUGGACUAGGAGGACCUAGAGGGCCUGCAGGGCCAAAAGGACCAGCUGGGCCAAGAGGACCUAGUGGUCCAUACCCCACUGGACUUGCAGGACCUAGUGGACCAUUCCCAACUGGGCCAUCAGGACCAGGAGGACCUAGUGGACCUAGAGGGCCAUUCGGACCUAGUGGUCCAAGUGGACCAAGAGGACCAGCUGGGCCAUCCGGACCAAGUGGGCCAAGAGGACCAAGUGGUCCAUACCCUACUGGACCUGCAGGACCAAGUGGACCAUUCCCGAGUGGGCCAUCUGGACCAGGGGGACCUAGUGGACCAGGAGGGCCUUUCAAACCAAGUGGACCAAGAGGGCCAUCAGGUCCAAGUGGACCAAGAGGACCAGCUGGCCCAUCUGGACCAUCUGGACUAGGAGGACCUAGAGGGCCUGGAGGGCCAAUCGGUCCUAGUGGCCCAAGUGGACCAUCUGGGCCAUCUGGACCAAGUGGGCCAAGAGGACCAAGUGGUUCAUACCUAACUGGACCUGCAGGACCAAGUGGCCCAUUCCCAAGUGGGCCAUCUGGACCAGGAGGACCUAGUGGCCCUGGAGGGCUAUUCGGACCUAGUGGACCAAGAGGGCCAUCUGGACCAAGAGGACCAGCCGGGCCAUCUGGACCAAGUGGGCCAUCUGGACUAGGAGGACCUGGAGGGCCAUUCGGGCCUAGUGGGUCAAGAGGACCAUCUGGGCCAAGUGGGCCAAGAGGACCAAGUGGUCCAUACCCUACUGGAUCUGCAGGACCAAGCGGACCAUUCCCAAGUGGGCCAUCUGGACCAGGAGGACCUAAAGGACCUGGAGGGCCAUUCGGCCCUAGUGGACCAUCUGGACCAAGUGGUCCAUCGGGAGUAGGAGGACCUAGAGGACCUGGAGGGCCAUUCGGGCCUAGUGGGCCAAGAGGGCCAUCUGGACCAAGUGGACCAAGUGGUCCAUUCCCGAGUGGGCCAUCUGGACCAGGAGGAAUUAGUGGACCAUUUGGGCCCAGUCGACCAAGUGGCCCGGGUGCACCUAGUGGGCCACGAGGGCCUGGUGGUGCAAAGAUACCAUCUGCCCCUGGAUUGCCACUGACACCGAGUGGCGCUCUACCUGGCACCUCUGGUGUUACAAGCAUCCAGUUUGGUGGAAGGCUGGUUGGUGUUCCUAAGGUUACUAUUGGGCAGCCUCAGACAUCUGUUUUGCUUCAACCCGGAGGACAGGUCACAUAUGGAAAGACUGAACUUCACAUUCAACCUCCCACCUCAUACGUUAUUCCUGGUCAAGUCCUUACGCAUACAAUUGGAACAACAAUCACGACAGGAGCCAUUCCAUCCAAUGUGUACAGCAUUUCUGGUACUGGGGUCCAGCUUCAAGGCAAGCCAUUGGACUUCACACUUGUGCUGAAGGAGCUGAAGGCUACACGCUACCUGUCCUGGCUGCAGAAAACCGGUGUUCUGCAACUGAUCAAUGACGGAGCUGCCUACACGAUCUUCGUGCCAAGUGACGAUGCCAUCGCUCAGAUUCGAGGACAACUACUCUCGAAGCUGGAAGGAGACACACAGCUUCUUAAGCAGCUUGUCCUGUACCACAUUGUUCCUGGCCAGGUUACCAUCGACAACGAUAGGACCUACACCACGCUUGAUGAAGGAAACUUGCUUCGAUUUAACAAGUACUUCAAUGGAAGGGUUGUAACCGCUUCUGGUGGUGUCGUCGGGCCGAAAAAGCAGCAAGGCAACUUCGUGUUUUACACCGUAGACCGUGUUCUUCACCGGCCAGGAGGCAGCAUUUUGGACGUUAUUCACCAGUCUAUUCUGCUCCCGAAGCUGGACGAGGCUAUUAAGUUUGCCGGACUUGAGGAGUACCUUUCUGGCGUCGGACCAUACACACUUUUUGCGCCAAGUGACCAGGCCUUUAAGAACGCUGUCGGCAUGGAAAACGUGCUGCGCGACAGGGAAGCUCUUAAAGCCCUGCUACUACGGCACAUUGUGCUGGGAACCGUGUACAGCGCCGGGGUCCAGGAGAACCAGGUCCUCAAGACGGUCGGAGGACUCGAGCUCAGGAUGAGCAUCAUCCCAGAGUGUAUCACAGUGAACGGGGUCAACAUCAACAACCCGGAUAACGUCGCUUCGAACGGUGUCAUCCACGUGAUUGACCAUUUCCUGUAGGCACAUCACUUCACCGUAGGGUGACACAUGUUUCUGUGUAAAGCUUUCUCUCUCAACUCUGUUGUUAAAAUGUUAAAUAAAUUGUGUGUUGUCGCAUGUGUCAGCCACUC